AUGAGAGCAUGGAGUCUCACUCGACUGCGCGCCAUCAGUCGGGCUAGACCUGCAGUCCGCCCUGCUCUCCCUGCUUUGUCGCAGCGCCACUACAUCAAAGUCUCUGAGACAUCGACUGCGCAGGACAGGACACGAAUAUUUCGCAAAUAUGCGGUCUUUGACAAUGACCGCCAACAGGCUCUGUUCCAAAAGAUUGAACGUCCCGGUAAUGAUAUCCAAGCCUGGGCAUCCCUUCUCGAUGGCGGUCUUCCACCCCAUCUUCGCAAUUGGGAGGCGUCAUACAACUCUUCCUACACUCCACCCAACCUGAGCGCUGCCGACGUGGCUGAGGUACUUUUGGCAGCUCGAAACCUUCCUGCUGAGUAUGGUGGACCAUUUGACUUGCUUUACCAUCUUGGAUUUGAGCAAAACCGUUGGAAUGCUGUUGUCUGGCUCAUUAAGAGAUUGGUCGAGAAAUUUCCCGCUCGCCAUGGCCAAAGUCCACGUUUUGCAAGAGUCAAUGCGUUGUGGGAACAGGUGCCUUCUCUGGCCGGAUCCUCGAGCGCCCCGAUGGAUCUCAACCUGGAAGCGAGUGUACCGCCAUCGGGAAUGGUGGAAGCCAAGAGCCUUCGUGAACUCACCAACGGCCUCCAUCCGGAAACGAUGUCGCGCGAGGAAAUCUUACGACAUGAUGCGUUGGGUGAAAUCUGGCUGAUGUUGGGAUCAAUGAUCAAAGCAUGUGCGAGGGAUGGGGAGACAAGGCCCGAAGUAUUGGAGAUCAUCGCAUACCUUCAUCACAAGGAAGUCAUGCCAUUGUCCAUCUACCAGUCCGAGUCACCCGCCGAUAAGUCUGCGAUUCACCAACCUCCACUGCUGUCGAUGCUGUCUUCUCGAAUCCUUACUUCUCUGUCCGACGCAGCGUGGCGUGCUCACGAGAAGAUGGUAAUUGAGGAGGCGAAAGCGCGAGGAGGCGAUUACGCUUCCCUGCGACCCGAAAUUCCAGGCUCAGUCUACCGAACACAUGUUGCUGGUCUGCGGCCUGAAGUGUGGAUGGAGUUAAUCCUUUGGUCGUGCUUGCAUGGUGGCUGGAUUGAACAAGGCGCGGAAAUGUUGUCCUCCUUUGGACCCGCCAACAGCAGAUGGCAUGUCUUCUCGUGGAGGGAGUACGAAGAUGCGGUCGCUGCGGACGCCAAUGGUCAAAUGAAUCCUUGGAACGAUUUGGAGUACCUGUUCAAGACCCGAGCCGCUACCGCACAUGAUGCUCCUCGCGAGCCUGGCCUCGACGUUACUCGGACUGUCAGCGCCGAGGUCGUCAACGCUUUCAUUGACGCACUCAUCAUCAAGGUGAACGUGGGCGUUGGUGAACGAGGCAUUGAUGUGGAACGAAUCGUCACACAUCUUACAGAGCUCAAGAAGUUGCUACACAGAGACAGCAAGCGGUCGACCUUGAGCACUGGGACUUGGGAUUCUCUCAUACUGCGGCUUGUUGAAUGCAUGAGCGUUAGCGUCGAGAAGGAUAGCGGUCUCGUCAGGGCACUUGCUCGGCUGUCUCCUGGGCUUGGGGAGGGAUUGGGAUCGAAGAACAACCAAAACCUUCCAGCUUACGUUCUCGACGGGUCUAUGGCCAUGCAAGGCCUGUUGCAUAGAGCUCUACAUGGCCAGAUUAUGUCCGGAAGUUUUGAAGGAGCCCUGGAAAUCUUCAAGCGAAUGCAAAUUCGGGCAGACACGGACAAGAACAAAUCGCUUGCAAGUUUCAUGGAGGGCAACCAGCCUCUGCUGCGAUCUUUGACCAAAGACGACUUGUUUACAAGUAAUCUAACGGGCAUUGAAUACCCAGCAUUCGACCUGCAGAUACCAGCCACAACACUUGGAUCUUUCCUCGAGCUUGCCACCGAUGCCAAAGCCCACGAAUUCGGUAGAUGGUUGUUGUAUAACAAUGAUGUCGAUGGUCCGGUCAUUGCCGAGUCAUCGUACAAAGAUCCACACAUCCAGCCAGCUCUCAUUCGUUUCGCUGCGGAAACAUUGGACAACAAACUCCUUUCCAAAAUGAAAGAACUGGAAUUCGAGAAGGAGUCUAUGAGAUCUAUGCUCGACAGUCAAGUCAUAAACCUGCGCUGGGAUUCGGCGGAGCGGAUCUUGCAGUACCUUGGAGACUCCCCCUACAGGAAGUGGACCGUUCAAAAUCUUGCCAAUAUGAUUCGGGUCAUGUUACAGCAGGUCCCUGGCGCUGCGCAGGGUUCUGCGGAUGCUCAACACAAUCUUGAGCGUGCAAGGACGAUGGUGGUCGAGACAUUUGCUCGUCGAUACGAUGGAGGCCAAAAGCUUGCCAAGGAGAAGUCUUUAUGCGUUAGCAACUUGCUCACCAUCUUGUCCGCCGUGAACAGCGAAUGGCAGAAAUUUUGCUUGCCUUAUCGACAACCACUACGAUAUGAGAAGUUUGGCCUACCCAUCAAAACUUUCAACACUGUUCUCGAAGGGGUUGCAGCAGCAUAUGGCAGCGCCGCAGCUCGUCGUUUGUUGGGCAUCUUCUGGCCACAUUCGGCACGCGGAGCCCACGAUGCAGCUUACAGGAUUACUCGAUCUCGACGCUCCAGGAUGCGCAUGGCACAGUUUCAUCCAACUGCUCUCGAAAGUGUCGAGCGACAGAGGAUUGUCGUACCCAUACGUGGGGUCGAUAGUGUCCGCAAGCGCGAUGUCGUUGUCUAUGGUGCGUGCGUGCCGAACAAUGCCACGAUCAUGAUAAUUUGUCGAAAAGCCUUGGACGAGAUUCGAUUGGAAUCCCCAUCAGCUCUAUUAGGCGAUGACGGCAAAGCAGAGGAUAGAUCGCCAAACAAACCUGUCGACACCAGUCCUCGCGGAAUGGUAGUGUGGAGCGUUCGACGUUUGGCCGAACUCCACUACGUCGAAGAAGGCAUCAUCAAUGAACUUGACCAACUCCUCUUCGAGCUGGGAAUGGAUGAUCUUCGAAAACGGCUUCCAAAGAUUGUCAAGGAUGUUGUCGACGAGUUCGAGGCUGUGGAGGAUGCACCUAAGCCGGCGGGAGAGAAACAUUCAUCGGACAAGUAG